UUGACUUCCAAACUUCGCUUUUCUUUCUAAAUUAUUGCUCCUCUUCAAAGUAAAAUAAAAACCUUCUUCACUCGAUUUCCUAAUUUUCCUUGAUUUACAAGGACGAACACGUCCUCUGUACAUGUGCCAGCUGGCUGAGUGUCAAACUGCAGCACGAUGUGACAGGACGACAUGUAGGUCAGAGAGACACCGCCAUGACAGGAACAGGAACAGGAAGCGGUGGUGAAGCCCGAGUUAGGAUCAUGAACCAUCUCCUCCUGUCACCUCUUGACUGUUAAAUAAUGAACAUGCUCAGAAAGACACAUUUCCAGCUUCCAGCCUGUGUUUGAACGCCCCGUCAUUAAAGGACUGCAGCCGUGAACCCAUGACGUCGUGCUGCAGGGCGGCGUUCCACCUGUCGCAGAGGAACAAGCGUUUGAUUUGAUUUGAGCCGAGACGGCAAAGACGGGGAAGCUCGUGGGUUAGCUGAGCAUCGCUCCCGUCAACGUCAGGAUGAAACCUCCGGCUGUGCUGGAUAAAAAUACGAGCAGAUAUUUCAUGAAACGCCGUCCACGCUCUGACAGUGACAUGAAGGCUUUCGUGAGCUGCAACAAACAGAUCUGUAAUUGUCCUCUUCCGCUAUAAAUCAGCUCGGUCCAUUAAAUAAACUCGCCUCCUUGGGGCGGCUCUGAACCUGGAAGAUCCAGAACAGGAUAGUAGUGAUUAGAUUUAGACACAAUCACAGCAGCAGCCCACAGGCUUCUCUGACAGCGCUUUAUCAGCCUGGCCCAGCAACAGGAGUGCAUGCUGGGUUAGCUGAGGUACCACAGACGGGUUGGACCUGUGCAUCUCAAUCUAACCGAGUCAGGCCUGCAUCUGUAAACACAUCACUCACCUUCAGACAUCAGCGUUAGAGGAGACCGAGUUAAAGGAAACAUCCGUCACGUGAGAAAGUGACGUCUGGUUUUAAGAAGUGAUCGAUUGAACCCAAACCAAACCAGAUCUCUGUUUUAAACCUGCGGCAGCAGAAACAGCUUUAAUGACCUUUGUAAACCUGGUCUGAAGCUGCCACAGGAGAACACGUUCACGGUGUGAAAGAGGCAUCCAUGAGGACGGGGCCGAGGUCCAGAGCGAUGUUGAUGUUGAGUCUGAGAGUGAUUAAGUGGCGCUGCUCGUUGGUUUUCUGUUGAUUAGAGACGUCAGGGUGUUUCCACGACCUUUCAAAGAUCUACAACCUUUUUCUUGGUGUUCCUCCAUGAUCGGGUUUGAAAGGGUCGUUCACGUCAAGGACGGGUUGAAGUUCAUUGACAGUUUGAGAAUGUUUGUGGAAUGAAUUUCACCGUCUACAAACCAGAACAUCAUUCAAAGAAUCAGAGAAUCAGAGAAACGUGAAGGGCAAGGCCCAAAACCAAAGCUGAACGUUCGUGACCUUCGACCCCUCAGGCAGCACAGGCUGCAUUAAAAACCCACAUGACUGUAUAAAGGAUGUUACGACAUGGACUCUGUGAAGGUCGUCGUUCUUUGAGAGAGAUGAGAUCUGAAGCGACUGGACUUGGUUGCAAUGCAAAGAGAAAGACGAACUUCAGCCUCUCUGGACACGAGCUCAUCUGUUCGUCUGUUUCUCUGUCUGUACGUUGGAAAAACAAACGAGACGUGCUUAUUACCCAGACACCACUGCUCAUUACCUGAGCUAAGUCACCUGAAAACCAAAGAUGACACAUCAUAUUCCUUCAAAGAAGAACACCUCACCGGCCUCAGCGCUGACAAACACACUGAGCCUCGUCUGAUCUCUGUCUUCUUUUUGUCCGGUAUUUUCCUCUCUGUCUCUCACGUGAAGGUUUGGUUACCACUCCUGACAUGAUGUUUGGCGGCGAAGACACUCGUUUCUGAGCUGAAGGAUCUUGUCUGACUGAGGUGGGGUGUCGCUUUUCUCAGGAAAAUGGUCGGGAAGUCCCUGAUUGCUGGUCUGGUGGUCCUUAUGGUGGCUGCAGUGAGCCUGUUCCUCGGGGUGUUCAUGGGUUUGGGGAAGAAAAACACGCCUCCCCCGACGGACUACUUCUUCUCGAAGGCUGCCGUGGCUGCGGACGCUGGAAAGUGUUCAGAAGUUGGGAGGGAUAUUCUGAAGAAAAACGGUUCAGCCGUGGACGCUUCGAUCGCUGCCUUGCUAUGUGUUGGCCUUUUGAACGCUCACAGCAUGGGCAUCGGAGGGGGGCUCUACUUUGUCAUCUAUAACGCUUCCACGGGGAGGGUGGAAACCAUCGACGCAAGGGAGACGGCGCCCAUGAACGCCACUGAGGACAUGUUCGGCAACAACACCAAGCUUUCUCGUACAGGUGGAUUGUCCAUAGCCAUUCCCGGGGAGAUCCGCGGUUACGAGAUGGCGCACAAAAGACACGGCCGGCUGCCGUGGAAGGACCUGUUCGAGCCCAGCAUCGCGCUGGCUCGGGACGGUUUCCCUAUCGGCAAAGCUUUGGCUCACGCCAUCUUCAAGAGCAAAGAGUCCAUUCAAAGAGACGCCAACAUGUGUGAGGUGUUUUGUGAUUCUCAAAGAAAGAUCCUGAAGGAAAAUGAUAUUGUUAAAUUUCCAAAGCUGGCCGACACGUACCAAAGAAUAGCAGACGGAGGGCCUGACGUCUUUUAUAACGGGUCGAUGGCACAGAGCAUCGUCGAGGACAUCCAGGCGGCAGGCGGUAUCAUCACCCUGGAUGAUUUGUUGGAGUACCAGCCUUUGCUGAACGAGGACCCUCCGAGGCUGAACGUCGGGGAAUACACCAUGCACGUCCCAGACGCCCCCUCCAGCGGCCCUGUGCUGGCACUCAUACUCAACAUAGUGGAUGGAUAUAACUUCACGGACACGAGCGUCUCCACGGCGGAGGAAAAGACUCUGACGUAUCAUCGCAUCGUCGAGGCUUUCCGCUUCGCCUACGCCAAGAGGAGCCGACUCGGAGACCCUCGUUACCUCAACAUCACCGAACUCAUCCAGAACAUGACCUCAGACUACUUCGCUGACGGCAUACGCAGUAAAAUCACAGAUGACACCACACAUCCAGACAGCUACUACGAGCCGGAAUACUUCGUCCCAGACAACCACGGGACGGCUCACCUGUCCGUCAUCGCCGAGGACGGGAGCGCUGUGGCGGCCACCAGCACCAUUAAUCUAUACUUCGGCUCCAAAGUCAUGUCUCGAUCGACUGGGAUCAUUUUCAACGAUGAAAUGGACGACUUCAGCUCUCCGUACAUCACCAACGGGUUCGGGAUCCCUCCGUCACCCAACAACUUCAUCCAACCAGGAAAGAGGCCGCUGUCUUCCAUGUGUCCCACCAUCAUCUUCGACAAAGACAACAAAGUCAAAAUGGUCGUCGGAGCGUCCGGCGGCACGAAGAUCACCACGGCGACGGCCUUAGUCAUCCUCAACUCUCUGUUCUUCAACUACGACUUAAAGAAAGCCGUGACGGAGCCGCGGGUUCACAACCAGCUCAACCCCAACAUGACGGUGGUGGAGCAGGGCUUCGAAAAGGUGCGUCACACCUGGAGACCUGCGGACAGAUGCUGCACGAAAAGACCUGAAGCUGGAGAUGACGCGCUCAGUUAAUUUAGAAUAAACUGAGCGUGAAACAUCUCCAACAAAAAACGCUAAAGUCAGAGUGUUAACAUGCUCACAAUGAUGCUAACAUUCUGAUGCUAAGCUAAUGUGUUUACUUUCUCAGUUCAGACAGUUAGCAUGCUAACAUUCUGAUGCUAAGCUAAUGUGUUUACUUUCUUAGUUCAGACAGUUAGCAUGCUAACAUUCUUAUGCUAAGCUAAUGUGUUUACUUUCUUAGUUCAGACAGUUAGCAUGCUAACAUUCUUAUGCUAAGCUAAUGUGUUUCUUAGUUCAGACA